CCCACGUACAUUCAAAGACGGCGCAGAAAUCUUCUCCCGUUGGCUGAUGCUGGCCACCCAUCGCAGAGAUGGCUCUGUGGAUGCUCCUCUACCUCCUCGCCAUCGUCAAAAAUAGCCUUGGGGCAGACACCGAGGAACGAUUGGUGGAGCACCUGCUGAACCCCGCCCACUACAACAAAUUGAUCCGCCCAGCCACCAAUGGCUCUGAGCUGGUGACGGUGCAGUUCAUGUUGUCAUUGGCCCAGCUCAUCAGUGUGCAUGAGAGGGAGCAGAUUAUGACCACCAACGUCUGGCUUACUCAGGAGUGGCAGGACUACCGGCUGACGUGGGUCCCGGAGGAGUUUGAUGGGAUGCUGAAGGUCAGGCUGCCCUCCAAACACAUCUGGCUGCCGGACAUCGUCCUCUAUAACAAUGCGGAUGGUAUGUAUGAAGUGUCCUUCUACUCCAACGCGGUGGUCUCGUACGACGGCAGCGUCUUCUGGCUCCCGCCGGCCAUCUACAAGAGCGCCUGCAAGAUCGAGGUCAAGCACUUCCCCUUCGACCAGCAGAACUGCACGCUGACCUUCCGCUCGUGGACGUACGACCGCUCCGAGGUGGACCUGGUGCUGCGCACCGACGUGGCCAGCAUGGACGACUUCACGCCCAGCGGCGAGUGGGACAUCAUCGCGCUGCCCGGCCGGCGCAACGAGAACCCGCUGGACGCCAACUACGUGGACAUCACGUACGACUUCAUCAUCCGCCGCAAGCCGCUCUUCUACACCAUCAACCUCAUCAUCCCCUGCGUCCUCAUCACCUCGCUGGCCAUCCUGGUCUUCUACCUGCCCUCCGACUGCGGCGAGAAGAUGACCCUGUGCAUCUCGGUGCUCCUCGCCCUCACCGUCUUCCUCCUCCUGAUCUCCAAGAUCGUGCCGCCCACCUCGCUGGACGUGCCGCUGGUGGGCAAGUACCUGAUGUUCACCAUGGUGCUGGUGACCUUCUCCAUCGUCACCAGCGUCUGCGUUCUCAACGUGCACCACCGCUCGCCCACCACGCACACCAUGCCGCCGUGGGUCAAGCUGGUGUUCCUGGACAAGCUGCCCGCGCUCCUCUUCAUGCGCCAGCCGCGCAACAGCAGCGAGCGCCAGAAGCUGCGCCACCGCCGCCACGCCCACGAGCGCCGGCAGGCCGGGUCGGUGGUAGGUGGGGGGGGCGCGGGCGGGCGCGGGGGCCUGGGCAUCCUGGCGGGGCUGGGCCUGGGGACGGGCGGGAUGGGCGGAGACGGGGCAGCGGAAGGCUUCGGGAAGGAGGGCAACAACAGCGAGGCGUGCACCUGCUACGUCAACCACGCCUCCGUCAAGCAGUUCGGGGGCGAAGCGGGCGCAGGGGGCCUCGGGGAGUCGCCCGACGGGGCGAACGGACUGAGGGAGGGGGCGGCCUCCCGCGAGGGAGGUACGUCGGCUCUCACGCGGGGCAAGCAGCCUCCGCCGCCGCCGGCGCUCACCCAGGCGCUGCUGGGACAGGCCUGCCCGGGGCUGGACGAGGCGGUGGACGGCGUGCGCUUCAUCGCCAACCACAUGAAGAGCGAGGACGACGACCGCAGUGUGAGCGAGGACUGGAAGUACGUUGCCAUGGUGAUCGACCGCCUCUUCCUGUGGAUCUUUGUGUUUGUGUGCGUGUUCGGCACGGUGGGCAUGUUCCUACAGCCGCUCUUCCAGAACACCACAGUCAAGGUCCUCACCCACACGCCCGGCUGACCAAUCUCGCGCCCCGCCACGCUGACGGACGCCGCUCGCCACCAAAGGGGCGACAGGAGGGACAAAGGGAGGAGGGAGGGCCCGGGCGUGGGGGUGUGGGGGAGUUCAGACUUUUUCAUCUUUUUAAAACCAAUAGGCCUGACUGUCAGACACUCCAUGUUGGGUUCAUAUGCAAACUUCUUUCUUAAGGAAACUGCUUUUGAACAAAAUCGUGGGGAGAUAAGCAGACAAACAGCUCCAAGAGACCUCCUUUUUUCUGCGGUGAAUGGAACAACCCUCUGUCCAAUCCCCUCUCUCCUCCCUUUGAGUGACAUACAGCACAAGCCAAUCAGGGAGAGAGGGCACACUUGUUUACUUUGCUCUUCUGGUCAGUCAGCGCUCUGCAAGCAGACACCACCCACCAACCAACCACCCAAUCGCUGGACCGCUGCUGGGCUUCGGGCUUUGACAGAGGACUCCUGAUUGGCUCAUGGGAGAGCCAAUCACAAAGACUCAAUGAGAAAAAAAAAUGUACCUAUUAUAUUUUGCUUUUAGUUUCUCAAAUCACUACUUAAAAGCGACUGGCUAAGUAUAUUUUACAAUAGACUAGUACCAUAUCACUUUAUUGUGUCUGACGUGUAUAGGAUCCAUAUUAUUUCUUGACAAACACACAGAGGGACAGGGUGUCUAUAGUGAUGCAGUAUUGUAUGAUUAUAUAAAACAUAACAGGAAUGUGAUCAUUAGUGUACCACACCGUUCAUAACAAACACAGAGCCCCACAAACAGAGCACUCCACAAGGGACAGUA